AUGGCGCUCGAGACAUCUUCAGGCUCUGCCAAUCAAGGCGCAUCCUCAUCCUCAACCACGGCUCUCAAGACAUUUGAUAUUCUCAACGAUGUGAUCACAUUGGAUGCGACAGACUCGGUCUUUGCGUACGAUGCGGACGAGCAGAGAAGGAUUUUGAACGAGAGCCCUUGGAAGAAGGAGUGAGUCAAAUUCUUGCACAGCCGUGGCCAGCAUUGAGACUGCCCAAACAAGGCCACGAGAGUCCACCCUGUCUUGCCCUGCCUCGAGCUCGAAUCUCGCUCAUCAUGCCCCACACGUCUUGUGCGGUCAAUCUCUUUUGCAGCCCACACUUCUUCCAGAGGGUGCGCAUCUCUGCUGUAGCGCUGAUCAAGAUGGUGAUGCAUGCGCGCUCGGGUGGCAUAUUCGAAGUGAUGGGACUGAUGCGUGGAAAGGUAGAUCCCGUCACUAGAACGCUGGUGAUCAUGGAUGCAUUUGCCCUACCCGUGCAAGGAACAGAAACCAGAGUCAAUGCUCAGAAUGAAGCGUACGAAUACAUGGUCGAGUUCCUAGAGAGCAGCAAGGCGGUGAGUGAAAAUGAGGAUGUUGAAUCAGCUCUGAGUGCUUCGAAUGCGUAGGUGCUGAGCCUCGAGAUCUCCGUCGCAGGUCGGACAAAUGGAAAACAUCAUUGGGUGGUAUCACUCCCACCCUGGGUAUGGUUGUUGGCUUUCUGGCAUCGACGUCGCCACCCAGAUGACCAAUCAGCAAUUUCAAGAUCCAUUCGUGGCGGUAGUUGUGAGUGUUCACUAGCAUCCGCAGCCAGAUGCGAUGCUGAUCGAACCGCAUGAUGUGAUUGCAGAUCGAUCCGAACCGUACCAUCUCCGCCGGCAAAGUGGACAUUGGAGCAUUCCGAACGUACCCGGAAGGGUACAAACCACCCUCAGCAGGUCCGUCCGAAUAUCAAUCCAUUCCACUGUCCAAGAUCGAAGAUUUUGGAGUUCAUGCAAACAGCUAUUAUCCCUUGACAAUCGAGCACUUCAAAAGCAGUCUAGACACCUCCCUGCUGGACCUGUUGUGGAACAAAUACUGGGCGUCCACGCUAAGUCAAAGUCCAUUGGUGGUCAAUCGGUCGUACGCUACGGGUCAAAUCAAGGAUUUGUCGGAUAAGUUGAGCAAAGCUUAUCCCAGCGUCAGACAGAGAAGCUCGGCUAUAGCUCCUUUGAGCAAGGAAGAUCUAGAAGCGGACGAUGAGCAAGGUCCGCAUGCUCUUUCUUCUGCGUCCAACGAAGGAUCUAAUGCGGUAACGCAAGGGGCGAACGCAAAGCAAAGGGACGUCAAGUUGACACCUCAAAGACUUGCCAAGUGGCAGGAAGAGAUCGGCAAACGUGAGGAGGAGACACCGCUGGCCAGGGCUGCUAGAGACGCGUGAGUAGAGAAGAGGUUGUUGAUGUACGGAGCGUCCGCCAUGUUCACCACCCUCACACGGCUCGACCAUGACGGCCUCGGUUCCUGUCGCACAGGACCAGAAUUUCGGAUGAAGCCUCCCACGGAAUCUUGGCGCAGAACCUCAAACAUACGCUUUUCAAUCUGGCUGGAGAUCGAGGCCGAGCAGCGUCGAGGAAAGGGCAAGAAGAGAUAAAUGUUGCGUCUUAG